GGGGUGAGGUCUGUGGGCUACGGGCCAGAGAGUCUUGCUUAGGGGUCUAAGCGGUGGGCCUUAUGUAGAUCACACAGGGAUGGCAGGCAGAGCCUGUGCAGAUAGUGCGGGCUACCGUAGGGCAACAGCGAAGGGAUAUGGCUGGAGUGGCGGGAUAGGGGCCCGGUGGAAAGGGUGGGCUUUAUGUAGAUAAACCGGGAGUGGGCGGAGCUCGGAGCCGAGCAGGCGGGGAAUGAAAAGGCAAGCCCGGAGAAAAGUGACAGGAGCGGAGCGCACGCUGAUAGGCUGGGAGCGCCCUGGAGGGGCGGGGCACGCUGGGAUAGGGCGAAGGGAGAGGGCGUUGCCUGAGCAGGGGCGGGCUAGACGGCCGCGCUGGAGAGCAGCUUUCCCGCUAGACUAUGAGUUCCGGGAAAACUGCGGGCUCAAUGACCACGGCGAUUUCGUAACGCUCCCGUUCCGAGAGUGUCCUUCUGGGCAGUGCAACCCCGACGGUGCGGAGCUAUGUAGCCCCUGCGGCAGCGGAGCCGUCACUCCUACUCCCGCCGCGGGCGGGGGCAGAACCCUGUGGCGCUGCAGAGAGAGGCCGGUCCCUGCCAAGAGGCCCUGCCCCCACACACCUGGAAACCCAGGCGCCCCUAGCUCCCAGGAGCGCAGCUCACCAGCAAGUUCCAUUGCCUGGAGGACCCCUGAGCCCAUCCCUCAGCAGGCCUUGCCGACUUUCCUCCCGCUGUUGGUGCUGGUCCUGCUCCUGACCUUGGCGGUGAUAGCGAUCCUCCUGUUCAUUCUGCUCUGGCACCUCUGCCGGCCCAAGGAGAAAGCCGACCCCUAUCCCUAUCCUGGCUUGGUCUGCAGAGUCCCCAACACCCACGCCCCUUCCUCCUCGCAUCUGUCCUCCCCAGGCGCCCUGGAGACAGGGGACACAUGGAAGGCCUCUCUACUUCCACUCCUGAGCAGGGAACUGCCCGGUCUGGGGUCACAGCCCCUGUCUCGCCUCCUGGAUGAGCUGGAGGUGCUGGAAGAGCUGAUUGUACUGCUGGACCCUGAGCCUGGGCCAGGUGGGGGCAUGGCCCAUGGCACUACUCGACACCUGGCCGCGAGAUACGGGCUGCCUGCCGCCUGGUCCACCUUUGCCUAUUCGCUGCGGCCGAGUCGCUCGCCGCUGCGGGCUCUGAUUGAGAUGGUGGUGGCAAGGGAGCCCUCUGCCUCUCUGGGCCAGCUUGGCACACACCUCGCCCAGCUAGGGCGGGCAGAUGCAUUGCAGGUGCUGUCCAAGCUUGGCUGAUCUGGGGUUUGUUGGGCUUAACAUUCAAUAAAGAACUUUGUUGACUACUAAGCCCAGUAUACAA